AUGGCGUCUUUCGCGCACCUCGAGUCGUCAGACUCAUCGCAGCGCCGCGAACGAGCUGCAAUCGCCGCGCAGGCCUGUCAAACAUGUCGUAACCGCAAGAGCAAAUGUGACGAGCAACGGCCCAAAUGUGGGCUAUGUCAGCGCCUCAGUGUGGAUUGCGAGUAUCGAGAGCCUUUGCCGACGAAGAAAGACAAAACCAUGGUCCACAUUCUAGAUACCUUGACCCGACUGGAGAACAAGUUCGACAAUAUGGCUAUAACCCAGGGAAGCAGCCCAGACAUGAGCUCACCAGGCGCCCAUGCUUCGGUGAGUGGUACGUCGUCGGCGUCGCUCGUGAAGGCAUCGCAAAGCGAGACUGCCCAGCGGAAACCAGAAGGGUCGGCAGCCAGCGAUAAUAUGCCAAAGCCUUAUCAGCACCUCACUGUACCUCACAAAAUCAUGCUAUGGCCUGGCAUAUACAUUCAUCUGCUCAACUCUGGUAUCUCGGCGGCAUCUGACCUGCAGUAUGUCCUCCAAGAAGGAACGCCAUGGUUCAUCAAGCGAGAGAUGAGCAAGCAUCCUGAUCCACUACCAUCUGACGUUGGAUUACCAUGCUUCACGAUGGCCACUGGCAAUACAGAGCAAAGCAGAGCAACCAAUGUCGUUUUCCCGACUCUUGGUGUUCAGCAAAUACAAGAGCUUUCCGACGCCUAUUUCAACACAUUUAACGUUCUCUAUCCAGUACUCAAUCGAGAAACCUUCAUGAACGGUACUGUGGCGAAACUCCUGCGAGAUGGCUACGGAGAUGGCGAUUCCGCGAGUGUGCUGGCUCUUCUGGUCUUCGCGCUGGGCGCUGUAGCGGUCGAUGGUGUUUUCGAGAGACCUGUCAGUGUCGUCAACGGUCAGCCAAGUGGUUUCCGUGGCGGCACUGUUGACCACCCACCGGGGCUCGCCCUGUUCAACGAAGCUAGAAGAAGACUUGGCUUCAUCUGGACGCAAUGCACCUUAGAAAAUGUCCAACUCAAUCUAUUACAAGCUACCUACUACGAAGCGACUUCUCGGCAUCUAGACUUCUGGCGCUGUACAGUUGCCGCUUCGAUGGCGUGCCAAGUCUUGAUUCGUUGCGAGCCAAUCGACUGGUCAUCUGCUAAUGGCGACCUUGUGAAACGUGCGUAUUGGACUUGCGUCUUCAGCGAAGAUCUAUACCACCUAGAUCUCGACUUCCCGCAAACCGGCAUAAACACCAUGGAGGACGAAGUGCCUCUACCAUAUUUCCACGAAGCACAAGAACAACACCAAGGCAGCAGUGUCGCAGGAGGUUCCGCCCAGGCCAACCAAGAGCGCAGUCAUUUCCAGUACCACUUCCUCGCAAUGAUUGCGCUACGACGUCUCAUCGCACGCAUCCACAAUGUGAUACAUGAAUGUGAGCGUGCCAUGCAGGCCGAGCCAUUGUGGCGAGGCUCCCAACGGGCAAGUGGGACAUCAGCUCACAAGACCCUUGCAGCAUCCUCGGCCCAGGCGGAGAACUUCGACGACUAUGGCGGUCCCCCUGUGGCCGUUAUCAGAGAGAUGAUGCGGCAGCUAGACAGUUGGAGAGCCUUACUCCCGCGACCUCUGCAGUGGAGCGACAAUGAUAGGUUUGAGUUCCCAGCUACGGACCCCAUGACCAGGCGACCGAACGAGCCACUUUUUAGUCCGGAUCAAGGUCCGAUACCGAUUGGACACAAGUAUAAUUUGGAUGUUGUAACGGCACAACUUCGGACAAGGUUCUACUAUGCUCGAUUUAUGAUGUAUCGACCUUUCGUGUACAAGGCGCUGCAUUUUCCGGAACUGAUGACAGAGGAAGAUGGCAACUGCUGCGCUCUCGCUCUCAAGAGCGCGUGUCUGUGGCCGCUCGCCAUGGCACCGCCGAAGAACAAGAAGAGGCUAGUCCCGCAUAUGUUCGCGUGGACGCAGAACUUUAUGGGCAUUUUGCUCGUGCUUAAUAUGUGUUCGGUGAACGACUGUUUACGACAGAUUGUUGACGAGGGUACUGUGGUUAGUAGGCGGGAGAUUGAAAGUACGAUCGGUCUUUUGCUAGAGUGGAUGAGGGAUGUGAAGCAGGUGGAUGGGAUUGCAGAAUGGAGUUGGGGGAUACUGGAGCCGUUGUACGGCCUCCGACCAGAACGAUGA